CAUGUUUUAUUUUUUAUUCUCCAUGUCAUUUUUUAUUUUUAUUUUAUUUUGUUUUGUUUUGUUUUGUUUUGUUAGUUUUCGUUUUUUAGUUUUUUAUUUUUUAGCUCCGUUAUUAUUCUUUUCAUUUUUCGCGACCUUUUUUAACGUUCCCCCACACACCUUUCUAUACAUAAUUUGUUUCGAUCCAAUCGCAUUUGAAAUAUUAUUUUUCAAUAUAUCUAUUGUUGACAUGUUGAAUUUUAUCAUUUUUUGAUGUAUUCUUUUCUGGAAAGACAAUGAAUUGAUAACAAUUGAAAACCCAAUUGUCAUAUGCUGCAUUCUAUUUGUUGUUCCAAGAAA